AUGGGCAUUGAAGAUGUUCGCUUGAUAGGUAUCAAGGGGAUUGGAGGUGGUGGGAAGACAACUUUGGUGAGAGCAGUUUUUGACAAUAUAUGCUUUUCAUUUGAAGGUUGGAAGAAAGACAAAGCAAUUAGAGCACUUGAAAGCUGUGGAUUUCACGCUAGGAAUGGCUUAAGAGUUCUUGAGCAAAAAUCUCUCAUAGCUAUCUCACCGAAUAUGGAGUUAGGCAUGCAUGACCAUAUAGAGGAAAUGGGUCAGAACAUUGCUCGUCAUUCAGACCCAAAUGAGCCCAUAAGACAUAACCGAUUGUGGAUACGAGGGGAGAUUGAAGAUGUAUUCGCUAAGGACCUGUCUGCAGACGUUAAAAAGCAAACAUGCUUCUUAUUAUGGACUGUAGUUGUUUGUUCCACUUCUUCUACUACAGAGGAUUGCAGAGAAGUGACAAGAACUAUUGCAAUUCAAAUCAAUUCAAGCGGUGACAAUGAGUGUCCCUGUUAUGAAAUUCUUACAAAUGGUUUUGGAAACAUGAAGAAUCUUAGAUUUCUUCAUGUGGAUUCGGAUACUCGGGAUUGGCCAGUGAAUAUUAGAGUUGGCCAAAACUUACCAAAUGCGUUACGAUUUCUGAGUUGGCGACGUUUCCCUCAUUGUUCUUUACCAAAAACAUUUCAAGCAAAUAAUCUAGUUUCACUUCAAAUUUCUUCCAGCAUAAUUAUACAACUAUGGGAAGAUGGAGAAAGAAAGGUUCUUAAAAAUCUCAAAUUCCUUGACUUCAGUUAUUCACAUUUGAGGACCCUUGAUUGUGGCUUACUCCCUAAUCUCGAGAAGUUAAAUCUUGCAAAGGGAAAUUUCACCAUUUCAAUUGUAACCUUCUCUUUAAAAGAAAUUGCAUGUACGAUUUUUAGGCAAACCCUUUACCUUUAUGCGAUCGCCAUCUCUCUACUCAUUUCCACUGUUGCUCGACCGUUGCACCCUUUACGACAUCCAGUUGCUUCUAAUUCAAAGAUGGUGACUUGCGGAUGUGGGAAUGAAGCAAUGGAGAUCACUUCAUGGACAAAUCAAAACCCUGGAAGACAAUUUUGGAACUGUACAAGAUGUGGGUUCCUUUGA